AAGAACUCUUUAGGGCACCAAAAGGAGGGCGUCCGCCGGUGUAGGCAACCUCGUCGGAACCGGGGUGUGCGCAUUUUCUUAACCUUAACACCCCCAAAUCUCUCUCUCUCUCUCUCUCCUCUGCUUUCGUUCUCUUGGAAGCGAGAACCGAAACCGAGAGAGAGAGGGCUUUUUUCCUCCUCCUUUUCCCUCCCCUCCUACCAUCAGAACCCUAACCGUAGCUCUGAAAACCUAGGGUUUCAAUAAACACAUCUCUCUCUCUCUCUCUCUCUCAACCCCAGUUUUUCCAGAUAUCUAGGUUUUUUUUUUUUGUUUUUUUUUGUUUUGUUUUUGUCUUGUUUUUUAUUUUAGCAUGUUGUAUGAGAGGGGAUUGCGUUCUAUCUGAGAGAUAGGAUUUGGGUCGAGGAAGGAGAUGUACAGAGACAGGGGCGGAGGGGGAUCGAAGCCGGAAAUCGGCUCCCUCGAUCGCAAGCGUAUCAACGAUGCCCUAGACAAGCACCUGGAGAAAUCGUCACCGUCGACCUCCAAGGGAUUGAACAACAAGGACAAGGAGAGGCUAUCCGUGCCUUCCACCUCCGCGGGGAAGCUUCUGCCAGAUCACCGGGAUACACGCUCUGCCUCGCUACCGAAAAAUAAAUGUUCCGAUGAAGAAUCUGAAACAGACAGUGAGGAGUCGGACGUUAGUGGUUCUGAUGGGGAUGACACUUCUUGGAUCUCAUGGUUCUGUAAUCUGAGGGGGAAUGAAUUCUUCUGCGAAGUUGAUGAUGAAUACAUACAAGAUGAUUUUAAUUUGUGUGGAUUAAGCAGUCAAGUUCCCUAUUAUGAUUACGCCCUUGACUUGAUUUUAGAUGUUGAAUCCUCUCAUGGCGAUAUGUUUACUGAGGAGCAAAAUGAGUUGGUUGAGUCAGCCGCGGAGAUGUUGUAUGGUCUGAUUCAUGUUCGAUAUAUAUUAACUAGCAAAGGCAUGGCUGCAAUGCUGGACAAGUACAAGAACUAUGACUUCGGUAGAUGCCCAAGAGUUUACUGCUGUGGUCAGCCCUGUCUUCCAGUUGGCCAGUCAGAUAUUCCUCGAUCAAGUACUGUGAAAAUCUACUGUCCCAAAUGUGAAGAUAUUUAUUAUCCAAGAUCCAAGUACCAAGGCAACAUUGAUGGAGCUUAUUUUGGCACCACAUUUCCUCACUUGUUUCUGAUGACAUAUGGGCACCUCAAGCCACAGAAGGCGUCCCAGAGCUAUGUUCCGAGAAUAUUUGGCUUCAAGAUUCACAAGCCAUGACGCUGGUCGCUGGAGUUGUCCAAUCAAUGCAUCAGGGGUAAGAACUCUGGAGGGUAUAAUUAGAAUGCUUGCUUAUAUUGCAAGGAAUAUAUUCCAUCUCGUACGAGUUCUGCCCCAGCAAGAGUUUCAGAAGCGCUUAAAAGUUAUUACUGUUUCACCUUUUUAUAUGUGGGAGGAAAUGUUUGAAAAGGAAAUUGGCCUGCCUGUCAUACUAUUGUCUCUUUCUAAUUUAGUUGUAUUCAGAGAGCCUCUAUGAGGUUUUCAUGGUUGGGAAUUGAAGUGCCUUUUCUUUGUUGGGUUGUCUUUCAGGUUUCGGCUUUUGGAUGAUUAAUUUUACAUGUUCGUGUAUCCAAUAUCCGCAAUGAUACCUUUAUUCUUGUUCAGUGAGGCAUCCGCCCUAUUUUCUUCA